AUGCAUUUUGUUGGGGCAAACUCUGAUGGAAUAGGGCAGGCAACACAGAUGCAUAGACUGUGUUCACACAUCACCAACUACAGUAAGUGUUGGCUGGGCACAAACAAGUAGCAUGCUAGCGCACACUGUUUAAAAGUCACCACUUUGCUCCCCCCCCCUUUAUUGUCCAUGCUGUUCCUGGAAAAGGAAACUCAAAACCUUGGCUUGCUGUGUUUUCCAAAUCACAAGUGGUAAACCAGCAACAGACCUUAGCUACUGUACAUGGUUCGUUUAAAGACAAGCAAACCACAUACUCAGGUUUUGACAGCAGACAAGUAAUUUAAUGUGAUAUGCAAACCAUUACUGAUCUUAGGGUUGGCCAAAAAAAGCUCAGUAACUUUUCUGUCUGGAUUUUCACUGUUUGAAAUAUGGCGACCCUACAUUGGGGACCUCUGCUUUGAUAAGUUUAUGAGGAAUCCUAGAGUACCCUGAUGCUUUACACCAUCAUUAAUUUCUAAAUGUGUCACCUUAUCCAUCUUUAUUUUAUUUGGAAAAAAAUAUACAUUUAUAUUAAAGUUAAACAAUUUCAUUGUAGACCAGUUUGCUGUGAAGGAAAUUUACUUUGGGAGAAAUCCACUUUGGGAUAAGUGGAGGUUGAGUGGUUAGUAUUGUUCCCUCACUAGGUAAUGAGGAAGUAAAGUUGCUUGCAUGCAUAGACAACUAUUUAAGAAAGGCCUUGAUGCCUUACUGGUCUAAUAUUGCAGCCUCCGGACAACAUAUAGUUAAAAUAUAAAAACGAUUUUCCUGUCACUUUUCAAACUGCAAAAAGUGGCUUUGUCACACUAGGGCAGCAGAGAACUUUAAUCCACUUUAAACACACAAACCAAAAAUUCUGGUAUGUGCUUGAAUCCCUCUUGCAAGCGCAAACACACCCACACCCACCCACCCUUCUUGCCUGCAUUUAUGUAUAAUUUCUACUUUGGGUCUGUUUGAGCUGUGUUACAUCUCCUGCUGAAGUAUCUAUACUUAAAAAAAAAAAAUCAUUUAAGAGACUCUACAUACUUAGCAUUUUAAAAACAAAAUGACAUAAUUAAAAUCCUCACUGAUAAGCACCCACAAGAUACCUUUGAUAAUUAGCUAGAAACAGCCUUGAUAAAGUAACAAUUUCAGCAGAAAAAAAACAACAUUCAGAAUGAGCACCUGCUCUUUUAAAAUUACUCUGCUGCAGGUCCCAGCCCAGGAGAGUUUGCAGAUGGUUUUAUAUUUACAAACCUGACCUCAGCAGCCCUUCAUCAAUCUUAAACCAAGCGAUACUUCAGAAAGCACUGAACAUUCUGUUCCAGGAUACUGCAAUCUUCAUAUGUUUGCUAACUAGAAGACUAAUUAAUUAGGGAUUUUGAUUUUGGGCUUGUUUUUAACUCUUACCAAAAGCUCAGGACUGUGCAAUGGGCAAUUGGUUCUGGAGUAUGUGGAACUCAGCUAGACAGUAUCAUCACUCAUCAACUCAUUCUAAUGGCAAACUCAGGCAGUGAGUGCCGACAAUUAUGUAGCCAAACUUAGGUUAGAAAUUAGCUCAGAAUAUUUGGGCAUUGGGGCAGGGGAAUUUUAAAGUUUUGUAAUGAUAGCCUGAAUCUCUCUCAGCUGCGAAUUGCUCUGAAUGUUGAUUGUGAACUAACAACAUAACAAAAUAAUCAGGUCUCAUUUGUGCCACUGGUUUGCCCCAUUAGAGACUUUUAAAGCAUGCAUUACUAACCCUAGAGCGGCCAUUGUCUAGCUACUUAAAGAUCCUAGUGAAAUUGCAUGUUUCGUCAUUAUUUUUCACCUUCAUUUUCUUUUGUUUAUCAGCAGGGGGCAAAAUAUUUAAUUAGGUCAGGGGCAUUUAUAAUCUCUUCUGGGCCAGUUCCAUCCACAACACUGGACGCCACUUCUAACUUAAUUCCAGUCAGGCCCGCUACUCCACUGGAACAUAUGGAUAACGUAUAAGCCUUUGGUAAAAGGUGGGGGCCUCCCUGCUGAGAAAAGGCUAUGCAAGAAAGCAGAAAGGCAGUCCGCAUCACUAGUGGAGGUCAAAGCAGCACUUAGACCAAACAGCAUCUGGCGUACUGUGCCAAUUGGAAAUCAAUGAGAAACUCUAGGUUGUAGGUUGUAAUUUUAUGCCCAUUUGCACAAGAAAAUAACCCUGAAUUAAAAAAUAAUAGGCCUCUGUCAUUCACCAUCGCAAUACAGUUAUGGUAAUGCAUCUCUGACAGUUGAACGGUUGACAGACCAAGCAAUGGAUUAUGACAUUGCUUAUGAGAAGGUGAGCCAAUGUGGUGCCUUCAAAACAAUUCCCAUCAUCCUUGGUCAUUGGCUACGCUGGCUGGGGCUGAUGGGAGUUGUAGUCCAACAACAUAUGGCGGGCACCACAUUGGAUACCGCUGGCCUAAUGAUGCCGUACCUUAGCUAGGUGAAUACAGAACACCAUUGACCAAGCGGCAAUUUACCACGGAGAGCAUCCAGCCACUUGAUAAGCUACCAGUAGUCUAUAACAUCCUGCUGAAGUGGGACAUGCUAGUACUGCACACAAUUAAACAACAACAAUUAAGAAUGUGGAGGGUCAAAUUCUCCGUGUCAUAUAACAGGAUUUAUUUAUUCAUUUAAAUAAAUUUAUAUCCCACCGUUGCUCCCACAGGAGCCCAAGAGCAGUGGCAGAUUUGGGGCUCUUAAAUUUCAGCACCCCCUCUCUCACUCUGUUAUACAGCAUUCUUGUGGUGCCCCCUGCAGCACGGUGCCCAGUGUGGCUGAACCGGUCGCGUGACUCUAAAACCACCUCUGCCAGGACAGAAAAUGCACAAAUGAUAAAACAAUUUACAAAUCUAAAAAAAGUCUAAAAACAAUUCCAAAACAGAUGUUACAGAUACCUGGCCUGCUAAAAUGUGAUUUCAUGCCCAUCCUGUUGAAUUACCACUUGGUAAGUGGAAAUCUUAGAGGAAUUCCUAUUUAGGAUGCCAGUCUGCAUUAAUUAUUAUUACUUAUAUAGACUUUGGGUUAAGUUGGUUAUAAUACAUCUGGCAUAUCUUUGGUGCCUUCCCUCUUUCUUGUCCAAACAGCCAAGCUAGGAAACAGGCUGGCACAAAAGACUACUCCUUCCCUAUACCUUGCUAAUUGGGCACAUAGAACUGGUUUUAUUAUAAUAAAUUGGAUCUUGGAUAUAAGGCAAGUGGGGGGAACCUGUGGCCCUCUAGAUGUUGCUAGAAUACAACUCCCACCAUCCCUGGUCAUUGGCCAUGCUUAGUUGGGUCUGAGUUGAGAUGGAGUCCAACGACGAGUGGAAGGCCAAAGGGCAGCUCUACUAUGGACCUAAUGAAUCUUAGGUUUCAGGGCCCCUAAUCCCAGAGGGGAUCCAGAAGCAACUGACUCAGUAUAAAGUAGCUUCCUAUGCUCCUAAGGAAGGUGCUAUCUGCACACAUAUAAAAAAUGCUGUGAAAAUGCUUUUUUAAAAAAAAGUUUUUAAAAAUACAUUGAAUUUUGCAUAGUUCACUGCUGCCAUCUAGUGUUACAUUUGUAUAUUGCACUUUACAACACAUUUAAAAUGUUUUAUUUGUAGCUGUGUAGCUGAAUCGUAAGAUGAAACUAUAUUUGCUUAUAUCCAUCCUCUGUUACUUUCAUUUCACAAUCCCAACCCUUCUCUCUUUGUUGUUUAUCCCACUGUUUAAAUUUUGACUCCAAACUCUUGGGACAAGGACCUAUCUUUCUUUCUUUGCUUAACUUUGUUUAUGAAGUGUCACAUACCAUUAUGAUCCUAGAUAAAGUACUAGCAAGCAGUUGUUAACAGAUUUACAGCCUAUUUUUGAGUAGUGGUUCUUGUUUCCAAUAAGCACUGAUUAGAUCUAGUAGCCUAGCAUGUCCUUUUACAAAAACCACAGUGAAUAAAUAAAUGAUUUUGAAAGAUGAGCCAAAUAAAGCAAACCACGGGGUUGUAAAUGAGACUCAAUUGCAGUUUGAUUAGCCAUAAGAAAGGGGCCAUGUUUAAGUUUCAGUUCCAAAUAUGGUAAUAAUGUGAUUGCUCAGUUUACAAACAUUUGUGCAGCUAUAACUAUUUGUGAAAAUUUUGUGCAUAUAUCCAGUUUGAAUGUUUGCUAGAAUUUAAGUACAGAUCUGAUGCUCCGGGGUGGAAAUAAACAGCUUCAUGACAAUCUUAAAUUAUAUUUUCCAUCUUUUUAUAUCUAAAUCACAAAUGGUUGUUAGGAAAGCAAAUGAUGGAGGGAAAAACAAUCAGUGCACAGUUGAAUGAACAAGUAAUGAUCUUGCUGGAACGAGAACAUAAUACAGUUCUUUAAAAAUUGAAAAUGUACCAGACAUUUUGCUAAUGAAAUAAUGGGGGUGGUCGGGUGCCCAUAUUAACUACACCAUUUAGGAUGCAGAAUAUUAGGAGCAGAGUGACGGUGCCUAACAGACUAGGUUCAACAUCUGUCAUGCUGGAGUCCACUAAUGCUCAAUUGCAUCCUAUUGUUUUCAGAUUAUUCAACUUCAUUCAUUGUCCUUGCCACUGUGAAGGAUUAAUCAACUGUUUGCAACCACAUGAUGUUUUGGAGUCAUAGUGGGAACAAUUGGUCUACAGUUUUAGAUCAAAAUGCCAUGUUACAAGUCUGAAUGAAAAGAUGACUCGUCCAUAAAUACUCGGUAACAAUUUAAUUGGUCUGAAAAUAUAUAUAAAACAUUGUUGCUUUGCUUUGUAACACACAGCAUGUUUGGAGGAGAAAAUAUUUGAAAGGCGUGGGGAGGAAACAUCCUCACAAUAAAACUAAAAUAAGCUACAAAAAUAUUCUUCAACCUCCAUACGUAUAAUAAGUAGCCUAAAAAGUGAACAUACGAUAAUUCAAUAAUUUCAUUGUCAGUAUUUCUUGUCAUUAGUCUUUUGUUUGAUAGACUUCUUUAUUAUGUAUUAAGCUGGCUUACAAGGCACUAGUCAAUACUUUGCUUGAUGUUGAUCUGGCUGUUUGAAAUAGAUGUGAAGAGGGUGUUUCUAUAUAUUUUUGCUGGAGGUCAAGAAUGUAUAUUUAUAUGAAAUCUGUAGUAUGCAUCCUGAGGCAACUGUAAGGUGGAUUUCUAAAUCCAUUUUUUAAAUAAUUUGAAUAUUAUAAAUAUUUAAAUUUCGGUUCAAAUAUAUAUAAGCAACUAUACAAACACACACACACACACACACACACACACACACACACACACUGAGGUUCAUUGGUGCUUUAUGAAAUAUUACACUUCUCACUGUGGCAAUUGGGAAAAUCCCUAAUUCUGCCAUUUGCCCAACAUGCUUCACUUUGCAGUUAGGUUUGUGUGUUCCUUUAAAGCUGUUUGCAAAUUCUCUUCCUCUUGGGCUUAGAUAUCCUUAUUAGCAGCAGCUUCUUCUCCCAACCAAGCACUUUCAAGCAAAUUCAGACUCAAUGCUGUGAUGUGUCAGGAAAGGUUUUUGCUGAGCUGCAGAAGGUUAUUCAUUGAAAAGACCUUUUGCUUAGCUGUCGUGAUUCUUGUGGGGCCAGCCAGACAUUAGUCCAGAUGGCAAGUUGUUAGGGCUGGACAGACAUGGCUUUGGGAGACUUUUCAACAGAUGAAGCCUGCAAUGUCAGGAUUUUGUUGGAGGAGGUUUUUUUGUGUCGUUCCCAGGGUGGGAAGGUGCUGGGAUGGAAAUACAGGGCCGCCCACCCACCUGCUGCCACCUGUUCAGCUUUUGCCAGUGCCUCUAUAAAGACUUCCCUUGCUUGUAAUUUAGGCUCACUGACCAACACUAUCAACCGAGGAAGUAGCAAGAGGGUUUAUCUCUCUCUGUCUUAGCAUCCGCGUAAGACACCAUCACUUGAAGAAGAAUCACGAAGACUUUAUUCCUCUCUGCCCACUGUUACUGUGCAGUCAAUUGGAAUAG